UCACACACCCAACAAACUCGCCCAUCCUCCGAUCGCGAACAAUAUAAUGCCGUCCACAGCCAUCACCACCACCACCCAACCACCACCUCACGACCACGAACACCAAUUCCAUCUCGCCCAGCCCAGAGACGAUGAUGAUCUGGAGUCGGGAUCUUGGCAUCGCCGCCGCCGCCGUUACCGCUGAUGGUGGUGGUUGGCGCUGGGUGGCGUGGGGGGCCGUGGGGGGCUGCCUGGCCGUGGGGGGCCUCUGGCUGUGGCUGAGCAGGAGGAGGGAGGUGAGGGUGCGUGUGGGCACGGUGUCUGCGCUGGCGAUCUUCCCCGUCAAGUCGUGUCGCCCGCUGGCGCUCACCGAGGCCGCGUGCGGCCCCAGGGGCAUGUCCCUUGGGCCCGUGAAAGACAGGCACUGGCUCGUGGUGACGGAGCAGAGCGGCGCCCAGGUGACGGCUCGCCAGGAGCCACGCCUCGUUCUGGUCGAGGUCACGUGGGACUCGAGCGACGCCGGCCUCCUGCGCUUCACGGCGCCCGGCGUGGCCGCCGCCCUGGCCGUGCCCAUCUCGCUGCCGCCCACCAACCCCGUCCGCACGUGCAGGGUGUUUGGCAUGGACGUGCCAGGCCGCGACUGUGGCGACGAGGCUGCGGCCUGGUUCACGGCGUUCCUGGCGAGCGCCGCCCCGCUCCGCCUCGUCCACUUUGAGGACGACAUGGAGGCCCGGCAGCUGCUCCGGAUGUCCGCGCCGUGCAUCCCCCUCAUCGCCCACACCCCCGCCGACAAGGUGGCCUACUCAGACUACAGCCCCUACAUGUUGAUGACCGAGGCGUCGAUGGAAGACCUCCACGCCAAGCUGGAGAAGAAAACUGUCUCCCUUCGCAACUUCAGGCCCAACAUCGUCGUGAGCGGCUGUGCGGCGUUCGACGAGGAUUCGUGGGAGCGGCUGGAGAUCGGCACGGUGCGGCUGAGGAAGCUGAAGCGAUGCGACCGGUGUGUGCUCACCACUGUUGACCCGGACACGGGAGUCAAGGACGGCAAGGAGCCUCUGGAGACUCUCCGCAGCUACCGUCUGUGCGAGCCCACGGAGAAGCACGUGUGGGGCACCGCGCCAUUCUUCGGGGUGAACUUCACCAUCGAGCGCCUGGGCGUGAUGCGUGUGGGGGACCCGGUGUUCCGUGUGCUCCGCUAGGCGCCGCAGCGCCGCCACGGCAGCACCGCAAGGCCACCGCCACGGCACCGCCACAGCACCACCACCGCACCACCACCGCACCACCACCGCACCACCACAG